GCAGCAACCAUGAAGACUGGUGCUACUGUUUUCUCCUUCUUGGCGAUCAUGUUUUUCCUGUCAGCUUCGGCCUCCAACCUUCCAUCGCUGUUGCAUCCUCUCAAAGUACCAAGGCUACCAGACAUCUCGUCUUUCGAGGACGAUCUUUCCUACUCUUUGUAUCAGCACAGUUGUAGUGGGGUUGAAGGCAUCAUCUAUAGGAAAGUUAAGGAAUGGGUUAAGAAGGACCCAACUCUUGCUCCUAGUCUCAUGAGACUGCAUUUUCACGAUUGUGCGGUUAGGGGAUGUGAUGCGUCGAUACUUCUGGACCAUAAAGGAAGUGAAAAGUCGGCGAAUGUUAGCAAGUCGUUACGAGGGUUUGAAGUGAUCAACGACAUCAAAGCGGCAGUUGAGAAGAAAUGCCCUAAAACCGUCUCUUGUGCUGACAUCUUGACGGCAGCUGCCAGAGAUGCCACUGUUCUAGCUGGUGGACCUUUUUGGACAAUCCCUUUUGGAAGGAAAGAUGGUCGAGUUUCCCUAGCGAAGGAAGCUGCAAAGGUCCCCAUGGGUCGUGAAAGUAUUACCAAUCUUAUCGAGUUUUUUCAGUCCAAGGGUCUGAAUGUUCUCGAUUUGGUUGUCCUGUCAGGUGCACAUACGAUUGGAAGGAGUAAAUGUGAAUCAGUGCAAUAUAGGCUCUACGACUACAAAGGAACAAAGAAACCAGACCCAUCAAUCGAUCCUCAGUAUUUGAACUACUUAAGGAGAAAAUGUCGAUGGGCUUCUGAAGAUGUGUAUCUUGAUGCUACGACCCCACAUAAAUUCGACACGCAGUACUAUCAAAAUCUUAAGAAGAAGAUGGGGCUAUUGUCUACGGACCAAUUGCUUUAUGGAGAUUCAAGGACUAAACCGAUUGCUGAUGCUUUGUCUUUCGAUUCUUCCCUUUUCUCCAACCAAUUCAGUGUAUCCAUGGUGAAGCUUGCAAAUAUUCUUGACUUCAAAUCUCAAGAUGAUGGUGAAAUCCGGGUCAAAUGCAAUGUGGUCAACUAUUAACAUGCUUGAAAACAACACCAGCAUGCAUAGUAUAUUAUCUAUCGUUACAUGCAAAUUACGAAUGAGAGAGGAUGCGUUGCUUUUUUGUUGUUUUUUCCAUUUUUUUGCUGGUGCCAAGGUUUAUAAACAUCGAAUUGAUAUUUAUUUUCUAAUUUGUUAAAUGAAA